GGUUAGUAACACGUCAGAAUUUCUGAAAGCGUGACGUAUUUGUGACGUCGAUUACAUUUUCACGAUAUUUUUUGCCAAACAUUUUUCGGAACUGCAUUUGGAUACUCAUAAUCAGUUAAAAAGUACUGCUGAGUAAUACACCUGAUCAAACACUUAUUACUUAUAUAUUGUGAUAAUUAACUUCAAAAAUGUCUUUUGUAUCACCUAUGCCGAGUCGAGAAUUCCUCUGGGACGUAUUUCAAAGAGUCGACAAAGACAGAUCUGGUGCAAUUACUGCAGAAGAAUUGCAGCAAGCUCUUUCAAAUGGAACUUGGACACCAUUUAAUCCAGAAACUGUUCGUUUAAUGAUUGGUAUGUUUGACAUUGACAAAAAUGAUGCUGAUUCCUCAGGUAUGUUUGAUAAAAACCAAAAAGGAACAGUCAGUUUUGAAGAAUUUGGAGCUUUGUGGAAAUAUGUAACAGAUUGGCAAAAUUGCUUCAGAUCAUUUGAUCGGGAUAACAGUGGAAACAUUGAUAGAAAUGAAUUAAAAACAGCUCUCAUAAAUUUUGGAUAUCGAUUAUCAGAUCAAAUUAUUGAUACUCUUAUACGUAAAUAUGACAGAGCUGGUCGUGGAACUAUAUAUUUUGAUGAUUUUAUUCAGUGUUGUAUAGUUCUAUAUACUCUGACUGCUGCCUUUAGACAGUUAGACACAGAUUUAGAUGGUGUUAUUACAAUCCACUAUGAACAGUUCCUGGGCAUGGUAUUCAAUCUUAAAAUAUAAGAUAAUAUAUCUGUAUUUUAUUGGAACUAUUCUUGCCUACCUUGGCACCUUAAUAUUUAAGACAUGCAUAUUAUACAAAUGUUUGAUGCCAAAUUUAAAAUUUACACAUACUGUUUAGAAAUUAUAAAAAUUUAGUUAAAUAUAUACAGAAACAUUCCUAAAGGAAAAAGUAUGAAUAUUUAGCUUAUAUAUCUAUCUCUUCAAAAAUGUUAAUGUAAUAUAUAUUUUGCUUUAUAACUUAUUAGAAUGUUAAAAAUGGAAAAAUAUUUGAACAAUUAUUACAUGUUCUACAAAAUUUUAAUACAUUUCAAAUAGAAAAUAACCAAUUUUUAAAAAUAAAGUUUCCUACACUACAUAACUUUUUAUAUUGUUUUUAGUUUUACUGUACAGAAAGAACUGUGUCAAUUACAUAUGAAAAAGAAACUGAUAUUAAUCAUGUUACCUUGAAGUAUUUUAUAUUAUUUUAAUACCAGUGCACUUAUAUGAAUUAUACCCCUUUAUAUUGUUGUGAAAAAUAUUAAAUAACCUAUAAGUCUGAUAAAACUAUCAUAAAGUCAAAAUUAUUUUGACUGUGCUUUGUUAAAGUAUGAGUGUUACAUUUAAUUAUGAGAUCUAUACUUCUGUAUUUUUCUAUUAAUAAAUCAAUAUGUAUUUUAAUUAAAUACUUAUACGAAUUAA